GCCGCCUCCACCACCGGAAAUGCCACUUCCGCCGCCGCCGCCGCCUCUGAUGCUGCCGCUGCCGCCACCGGUAUUGCUGCAUGAGUUGCCGCUGCGGCGACCGGUCGGAGAGGGCUGCAGCGACACGACAGUGCCCGUUUGGGAGCCGUGGCAAGACCCGCCCCCAGACCCGUGGCCAGUGACCGGGGCCGAGGCGUGUGUGUCGAGCACACGGUAUCCUUCAUCGACAGCCACGUCAGUGGGUUACUCUGGGGCGUCAGCCACGUCAGUAGGGUACUCAGGGACGUCAGCGCCGUACCCCGCGGCGUCAGCCACGUCAGUGGGUUACUCUGGGGCGUCAGCCACGUCAAUGGGGUACUCUGCGACUUCAGUCACCUCUAUGAGACCGCCGGCGGCCGCCGCUCCUGCCAGCGACCGUCCGAAUGCGACCAUGGCGAGCCGUCUGGGACACCCGGCCGGGCCACCCAGCGGUCGACUCGACCACGGGUCGCGCGCCGGCACACCGGCAGUCUGGCUCCGAGAGCCGCAGGAGGCGGCGGCGGCCGCGUCCGGUCCCGAGAACGGCGCGCCGUCCACGAGCUCCCACGGCUCCGAGGAGCAGGACGAGCUCGUGGUGCUGGAUGAUGACGGGGAGGGCAUUCCUGCAGAGCUGGAGGUGCUCAACUGCAGCGGCCUCGGCGAGGUGGUGCUCAUCCCCGAGGACGUGGAGCCGCCCCCGCCGGCCGAGCGGCCCGCCUACGAGUUCCGCGAGUUUGUCAGCGACGACCCGGCCGAAAAUGCCGACAACGGCGCCGCCGAGUGGGAGGUGAUGCGCCGACUCUGCACGGACAGCGACCGGUACAAGUUCGUCCGGCAGCGCUGGCGCAACACCGAGAUCCCCGACCCGCACCGGUGCCUGACGUACCACGGCUACCGGCGCCUGCUGGUGCGAGCCAACUUGCUGCGCAUGGGUCUGGCGGGCGGCCGGUCCCGGGACCCGAGCCAGGCGCACCGUGGCCGCGGCCUGAAGCGCACCCUCUCCUCGACCAGCAUCGACAGUCGGCCGGCCGGGAAGCGGCAGCGGCUGGCGGCCGGCUGUGCAUUCGUAGCCGACUGGCUGCUGGAGCAGGGCCGCACGCUGCGCACGGCCGGCCGCGUGGUGCCCUCCCUGCAGGUGGCGCGCCGGCGCAUGGAGCAGGAGGCGCUCCGGUUCUGCCGGCAGCUGGCCUUCAACAUGCAGCUGACGCCGUCACAGCGCCAGUGGGAGAUGGACAUGCUGCACGAGCGGCAGCGGCGCGAGCUGCAGCUCGAGUUCGGGCCGCGCACGCGCCGCGCCGCCCACCGGCUCAACGCCGCUAAGGCCGAGACGGAGACGUUCUUCCGGUUCUACACGGGCCUGAACAACACGGACGCGGAGAACGCCUCGUGGCUGACGGAGCCGCAGCGCCGCGAGGUGCAGGAAUUCGAGGAGUUUCUCGUCGGCCAGGACCGCGUGUACGGCGAGUGUCUCGACGAGGACUUUUGAUAUCGAGUCCGCUACUUUGUGUUCAUAUACUCGGCAGCUCCAGUGCCUGUGCUAAUGAGGACGACAUUCGUACUAGUCUUGCGAAAAUGACAGGGAAAGUGGCCUUAAAACAAAGGAAUGCGAGCUUGGUAAAGAAUUGCUUACUUCUGUUGCAGCAUGAAUUGCAGUACGUUCGGUAUUUUUUUCUCAGGUUAAGUGUAAUGUACCAAACUAGGAGUGUACGAGUAUGUGUACUGUAAGACAAUGCACAAGCCAGUUCAUCUAUCAUAUGUAUUUGAAAUGCAGUUGCAUUGCAGAGUGAUUGCGCUGCUCAGUUGGCAUUUGCCUCUGUAUCCACAUCCAGCGCAGCCUCUCACCACUCUCCCCGUAAACAUCGGCGGAUUGCCAGGACGAUACUCACGGCUUAUGACUCAGCCGAAGUGCCUGUGUUUGGAGUGUUUACUGGCCAUUGUGAUCCAUGUUUCCAUGCGUAACUGACGUCGCCCGAUGGUGGAGCGACUGGUCUAUGCCAUGUUGCGGCGGUGUGCAGCGCUAAAAAUGCGGUCGGACGCCAGCCUGACAUCGGGCACACAGCGGAACGUGCCUUCUGACCCGCCGCAGGCUGUGUAUAUAGUGUACCUGUCUACUGAAUCAUCUAGUGUAACAGUCUACCGAAUCGUCUAGCGUACCUGUAACCAAGUGCAAAGAAGCCGGAACCGAGAACGGAGCGGGGCUAUUCGAGAGCUUACCGCUGUGAUGGGUUAACCACCCGGCUGUGACUGCCGCGCCCCGAGCGGCGGCUGUGUGUGGGACGAGAGGUGCCGCCAGGGAGGGGCGGCGGCGAUAGGCCCGCCCUGCCGCGGGGGCUAAUGUUACGCGCGGGCGCUCAGCGUCACCGGCUGUCCGCCCGCGGAGCUGUGCGAUGUGCACCGACCUGAAAAAUGCCCGUCGUAUUGAAACCGUGAGUUCCUACUGUACUUAUGGCAUUCCUAGUGUUGUGCAAAAGCCGCAGCGGUCUGAGGUCUGCGCGUUUGUGAGCCUUUAUUAUCCCAGCAAUACAUACAUGUUUUCGAA